CUGACACACGACAAGACCAAGCAUGAGAAGCAGUCGCAACUUGCUGAGAGCCGUUUCAAGGCCUCGGUCAGUCCUCUCACUUGCCAGACCAUCAUGUCUGCCUCUACACUACCGCCGAACCAUGGUCUCGGCUGCCGACCUGCAGUUUGGCCAGCCUUUGCAUGAGACACAUCCACAUCUCAUUGCGCCGGGAGACUUGACUCCCGGAAUUUCUGCUCUCGAAUAUCACCACCGUCGCGCAAACCUCGCCAAAGCACUCCCGAAGAACAGUAUCGCCGUCCUUGCCUCGUCCGAUAUUAAAUACCGUUCCGGCGCCGUCUUUUAUGAGUUUCACCAAGAACCGAACUUCUUCUACUUGACCGGCUUCAACGAGCCUGAAGCACUGGCAGUUAUUGAGAAGGGUGAUUCGGACGUUGAAUACACUUUUCACCUAUUCGUCAGACCCAAGGAUCUCAAGGCCGAGCAAUGGGACGGUGCCCGAAGUGGAAUUCAGGCUGCAUUAGACGUCUUCAACGCCGAUGAGGCGGGCGACAUCAACCGAUGCCAUGCUGUUCUCCCAGACAUCAUCGGACGCGCAAAGGAAGUCUACACCGAUCUACUCGGUACUGCCAGCAAGUCUGCUUUCAAGCGUUAUUUCUCUAGCUUGAAGCAGGUCCCAUCAGAGGGAUUUGGCAAGCUCCUCCAGAAAAACAACGUUCGACCACUGAGACCUAUCAUGAACAAUCUUCGUGUCAAGAAGAGCGAGGCAGAGAUAUUGAAUAUGAGAAAGGCCGGCCAGGUUUCUGGAAGAGCUUUUACGGAGACUAUGAAGACACCCAUCUCCACCGAGAAAGAUCUUUGGACUAUGCUCGACACUGGAUUCAAGAUUGGUGGCUUGGAUGGCUCAGCCUAUGUGCCUGUUGUUGCCGGUGGCAAGAAUGGUUUGAGUAUCCAUUACACUCGCAACGACCAGACCCUCAAGGAAGGCGAGCUCGUGCUUGUUGACGCUGGUGGUGAAUAUGGUGGCUAUAUUACCGACAUUACACGCACAUGGCCAGUCAACGGCAAAUUCACAGACCCGCAGAGAGAGUUGUAUGAGAUGAUCCUCAAGGUCCAGAGAAGCGUGGUAUCGCUCUGUCGUGAGGACGCUGAUCUUUCGCUUGACAAGUUGCAUCGCAUCACCGAAACUGGGUUGCGCGAUGGACUGAAGUCUUUGGGUUUCAACAUGGAAGGCAAUGCUCUCGAGACAUUAUUCCCUCACCAUGUCGGGCACUAUAUUGGUCUGGAUGUUCACGAUGCCCCAGGACACCCAAGAACCGGAAAGCUAACUGCAGGAGAGUGCAUCACGAUCGAGCCGGGAAUUUAUGUUCCAGAAGACGAGAGGUGGCCAAAGCACUUCCAAGGAUUGGCAAUUCGGAUCGAAGAUAGUGUGUGCAUAACAGAGGAACAUCCUUAUGUGUUGACAACAGAGGCAGUAAAGGAGGUUGUUGAUAUUGAGGCCCUCAGGCGUUAGGGGAUGUUUACCAACAAAAUAAAAGAAGUGGAACGCGCUAAGCGGAGACUAAUUAGUGCAGAAUGAUGUAGUUGCCGGGGCUGCAUACAGAUAGGCUUUUGACAGGCAAGUUGUGGACAUGUGCAAUGCUAGGAUGCAGGAGCGUCGGGACAGAUAAAUAAAGUCGAAAUAGAUCGAGGCCGCUGUCAAGCGAUGAUCAGGAAUGUAGACGAGACAAUAGAGCAAGAAAUAGAAGAAUCGAGGUUGAAUUGGUGGGUAUCAUGUUGUGCGGGG